AUGCUUCUCCAUGGAAGUCGAAGGUCUCUGAGCUCCAUAUGGCUUAACAUCUUUUCAUCUCUUCGUCUCUCCACCUCUGCAGCAGCGAACCCAGAUCAAUCUCACCCUCGCAAAGGCAGGCAAGCCAUUCGUCGCAUUCUAAAGCUUCUCUCUACUGUUAAAAGCUCCCAUCUCUACGAAGCCCUUCAGUCCCUUGAAAGCUCUCCUCAAUCACUCUCUUCCUCCGAAGCUUCAAUUCUAGUUGAUGCCAUUUCUAACCCCCUCAUAUCCUUCGAUUUCUACAGAUUUCUGAGAUCUUGUAGAUCCACCUUCAAACCAGAACCCAUCCUCUUCUCGUCUUUGAUAAAGUCUCAGCUUCUGUCUAUCAAUCCUCAGCUCUUCAAAAUCCAAUACUACUUCGAUGAGAUGAAGAAACACAAGGUUUCUCUUUCGCCCAAUGAUUUCUGUAGCUUCUUUGGGAUUGUUCUUCCAAAUUAUGUUGCGACUGCUGAGUUUUUCGUUCGAGGGCUGUUGGAAGAAAUCGAAUUCGACGAGGGUGCUUACUGUUAUGCGAUAUCUGUUUAUGCCCAACAUGGUUUGUAUAAAGAGGCGAUUUUGGUGGCAGAGAGGGCCAGGGUACGAGGUUCAAACCCUAGCUUGGCGUUCUAUUCGUGUUUGAUGGAUGUGUAUAGCAAGAAUGUGGAUGCUCGUGCGGCUAUGAAGUUAUUCCUGGAGAUGGAAGAUGCAGGGGUUCUUGCUGAUGAGGGGAUUUAUAGGACAUUGCUUGGGGUUCUUUGUAGAGUUGGGUGGGUGAAGCUGUGUGGGGUGAUUCUUGAAGAGAUGAGGAAGGUUGGGUACAGACCUGAUAAGUGUUUGGCUAUGGAUCUCAUAGGGAGAUUUGUUGAGGAAGACAUUGUUUCUGAAGCCGUAUCUCUUUUCGAAGAAGGGAUUCUUAAGGACAAUCACAGUUUGGCUACUUUUGUGAAGGCUAUGGUAGAGAAACGCAGGCAUGGAGUAGCUUUUGAACUUGUGAAGAAAGUGCAGCAUUCUGGUUUUGAUGUUAAUGGCCAUGUUUAUGCAUCUCUGAUCCGUGGUUGUGGGAAAAUUGGAUUGGUUGAUGAAGCCGAGAAGAUAUUUGCAGAGAUUAAAUCUUCUGAAGGUAUUAAGAACAGGAAAUUGGUUUAUUCAUCUAUGAUUAAUGUGUACUCAAGAGCAGAAAUGAAGGCAUCUGCCGAGAUGGUUUGGAAUGAAAUGGAAAGCUUGAUGGGUUCUAGAGUAAGUGAAGAAGCAUUGUUGUCGAUGAUGUCUUUGUAUGGAGCUUUGGGUCUAGUUGAUGAUACAGUAAGAGUGUUCAAUUGGUGGAAGAACAGUGGUUGUUGUUUGAACAUUGAUGCUUAUGUUGUUCUUGUAAAUGCAUUGGUUAAGUCGGGCAAGCUUAAUCAAGCCAAAGAUUGUCUUUUAGAGAUGAGAAUGUCCAGUAUUCAUCCAACAAUUCAAAUUUAUUCUGCCAUGAUGGAAGGUUACCUGCAAGUUGGAUUACUCAAUCAUGCCCUCAUGGUGUUUGACGAAUAUAAGAUCUCAGGGUUGGAAGCAGAUGAAGUGGUUGCCAAUCUCAUUCUUAGGAUCUUGAUUCAAGCUAAUCGAUUUUCAGAGCUCAAAUUUUACUUGGAUAGAUUCUUGAGACAGGCCAUCAGGAUUUCAAGAGAUAAGGGAACUCCUCUGUUGGAAAUAUGUAGAGAUGAUUUGUGUUUUAGAAAGCUAUCCCAUCUGAUUCAGUGA